CCUUGGCCAGACUGUUAACCAUAGUAUGGAUGGAAAAAAGCCCAAUCUCCACAGAAAUCCUUGUCAAGUCUACCACGAGCAUUCUCCACUUCCACUAAAAUAAAUUCCUGCAAAUUCCUUUGUCCUGUUUAUCCCCACUGUCCAGAACGUAGUUAUCAGGGGAUAGUGUUGCUCGGACAGUCAAAAUUUAAUAACUUAUAGCAUACGCUUUAUACGACCAAACCUUUAAAAUGGUUCACUAACAUUAUUCUCAUCAAAAGAUUAACCCCAGACAUCAGCUUUACAACAGCGUUUAAUGUGUGUAAUACCAGCAAACAUGCAACAGGGGGCAGCAGCCGCUUAGAGUGUAAAGGUAAAAUAGCAGAGGAAGAACGUACUUCCGUUUGUCAACAAAACCGAACCAAAAAAAAGCCCCAAACAGAGCAGAACAUUUGUGUUUUUGUUUUGUAGUCUUUUUACCGUAUUUUUUUUUUGUUUGUUUUUUUUUUAAGGCGAGUGUUUUCGUGAUGAACAGUGCUCCUGUUUUGUACCUACUCAAUUUAGUUUUUUUCUUUUCUUUUCAAAAAAACAAAAAAAAACAUUUUUAUUAUUGUUUAAAUAUAUAUUUCGUAAUUUAGUGGUACUGAGGCACCUCGAGUGGUACCUCGUUCCACCACACCUCACUCCUACAGCGAUACAUUUAAACAAAGGACAGAAAACCGUCCGUUUCGCAGGCGGUCGGAGAUGUUCAAUGGCGACGAGGAUCAGGGCUGUGCUGCCGGGGAGAAGGAAGUGACUCGAUGUGUUCGAUCAGCUGAACUGGGAUUUAAACUGACGCCGGAGCCAAAUGUGACGGUGGUGACCCCAUCGUCCAGAUUCCUGCAGGUGGAACUGGAACUGAACACUCACCUGCGCCGCCUCACCUUCAGUGAACCGGUGCGGUACAUCUACAACCCGCUGGAGUACGCCUGGGAGACGCACUGCUGCUACGUGGAGAAGUACUGUCGAGGCGGACAAAGGAUCUUGUUCCUGGGUAUGAACCCCGGACCGUUCGGCAUGGCUCAGACUGGGGUCCCCUUUGGUGAAGUGAGGUCAGUUGUUGAUUGGCUGAAGAUAACUGGGGAAGUUGGUCAUCCACCUGACGAACAUCCGAAGCGGCGGAUCACAGGAUUGGCUUGUACUCAGAGCGAAGUGAGCGGUGCACGUUUUUGGGGUUUCUUCAGAAAGCUUUGUGGUGAACCUGUGAUGUUCUUCCGCCAUUGCUUCGUACACAAUCUCUGCCCACUGAUUUUUAUGAGCGCCAGUGGCAAGAAUCUGACCCCGCCUGAACUGCCUGCAGCUGAGCGGGACGCCCUGCUGGCUCUGUGUGACAUUGCACUUUGCCAGGUGGUGGAGGCACUUGGCGUCUCCAUGGUGAUCGGAAUUGGAAGAGUGGCAGAACAGCGGGCACGGAGAGCUCUCUCAGCUGCAGGUGUCAGUGUGAAAGUAGAGGGCCUCAUGCACCCAUCACCCCGGAACCCAUUGGCCAAUAAGGGCUGGGAGGGCGUGGCCAGAACCAAACUGACUGAACUGGGUGUCCUGCCACUGCUGAGCAGCAUCAAACCUGAUUAGAACCAAAAGUGGUUUCAUACACCACUGUCUUCAACUCCCCCUGGUGCUAAUGUAUCAGAACUGCAGGACAUGUUUUAUAUACAAUUAUGGGAUGGACCAGAGUUUCAUCGGAAUUUCAGGUAGAUAUUACUUUACAAUAAUUUUUAAGCUAAUUUGUCUGUUUUCUGAUAUACAUCCUAAUCGGAUGUAAGUGUUUUUUAAUGUAUAUUUGUCUUUGCAUUAACAAGACAAUAUAGAACCACUGUACUUCAUCUUACUGGGCCUCAAAAUCCCCCAGCUAAAUGUACGGCCCAUGAUACCCAUACUGUAAUUUGAGAACCCCAAAUUAUGGUAUGAGGUCUACACUAUUUUUCAAAUGCUAAGAUUUUGCUCAAAAAUGGUUCCAGCGUUCAUUACAAAGCUAGCACAGGUAUUUUUUUGGUUUAAUGUUUCUGAGAUGUGAGUAAUUUACAUAGAAAUCUGUGAUGUCCUUAAGAUCAAGUAUUUGUUCUUAUAUGAAUAAGCUAUGUCUGUUGGUCAGUUUAUAGUCAGAAAACAGACUGUUAUACAUUGUUUUCUGACUGUAAACUGACCAACAGGCACAGAAUAUGAUGUUUAGCAGUCACAACAGUUUUCUUUACCUUCUGUAGCACUGGUGCCUUCAGGGACUCAGCCAUGAUCAGAUCAUGAGCACUUCAAGGUUUUCUCUCAACUGUACUAACUUACCUGUUUUUUUCUGUGCUUGUUAUUCACUCUUCAGUCAUGACUUCCUUUACAGCAGGGGUCACCAACUCUUACCAGCUACUUCAAGGACACGUAGUAGUACGAAGAGCUACUUGUCUGAUACUGACUUCCAGAACAAUGUAAUAUGUUCUUGAACAGACAAUAGUAGACACUCUUCUUACCAUUGGCAUUGGACCCAUUUGAAUGUCAUUGCAAGUGGAACCGAUUCCAAAAGCACAGUAACAGUACAAUCUUGUUGACUAGUUUUAACAUACCCCGCGGGCACCUUAGGUAGUCCACGGGGGCUACCAGGUGCCCCCUGGCACCACGUUGGUGACCCCUGCUUUACAGUAUAACACUACACCACCAGAGGGUGAUGGUGAGUUUGUUUCUUUGCGAUCAUUUGAUGCUGAUUUUGUUCCAAAAAUCUCUCUCAUUUGAACAACCUGACUGUCCAUACAGCAUAAAGUUCAGUUAUCUUAAAAAAAGUUUAAUAAAGUUUAUUGUCACUUUAAGGUGAA